GCAAGUAGUAGUAAUAGGAGCGACAGAAACGAGAGCCAGGGGAGAGCAACAGCAGUAGACGAACAUUCAGAAAAAACAACAAAACUAGGUACCGACGCCAAGACACAAGAAGAUAUGUGCAAGAAAAAGUAGAGCCAGAAUUCCAUCCAUCGUCACAGCGAGCAACAAGAUCACCAUUGAAGCAUCAUCAGCACCGGGGCGAUCUCUUUUAGUCAAUGGCCGAGAUCAUCAGGUCUGCCAUCAUUGGGGAGACAGUUACCCAGAUUUUUUCUGGCAUAACCAACAGGAAAGACGAUGAUAAAUCAGAUGAAGCCACCGGAGGAAGUGGCCUAGAGAGGCUAGAGAUGGCACACAUCAAAAUGGAGGCUGCACUCGAGAUGUCUGACAAGUGGCAGAUCACCGAUGUGUCACUACUUCAUUGGCGUAAGAAGCUGAAGUGUGCUGCCCAGGAUUGCAACGACGCAGCUCGCAGAUGCUGGGAGCUCUCACUGGAAGAAGAUGAGGCAGAUCAGGUGCUAAGAAAAUCUUCGUUUGCUACACGGAUCGCUCAUGCGACCAAGUCAUUUGUCUCCUCUUUCAUUGGCUGCGAAGGUGAUCAUUACUCAGGCAGCAUCGCCGCCGCCGUUCGAAGAUUCGAGAGGUUUGCUGAUGGUGCUACAGAGUUCAUUCAAUGUGUGCAGCUCGGUGGAACACCUCGACAGCCCCUGUUCUUCGACCCUCUCAUCAGGCAUAUCUUCACAGGCAAAACGCUGCGGUAUAUGGUGAUGCAUCCGGGAGGCCAGUAUCAAUACUUCGGCAUACGUCCUAUGGCCUUCGAGGAGCGUGGACUGGAGGCCAUGCUAUCCUUGAUAUAUGAAGAUUUCAAGGUGCCCAAGAACAGUUUUCGCCUUGGGUUCAUGCUGCGUCUUUCAGAGAGUACAGACAUUAUCGGAACUACAGUCAAGUGCUUGCGACUGGUGACACCUCACUUCAAGUCCACGGCCGACGCUGUGAUCAAAGAUAUCAUCCAACUCCCUACCCAAGAUUUUUCCAGUUUACCACCAGAGGCUGAGAGCACAAACAUGGAACACUGGAACCAUAUCCACAAAACUUUUACUAGAUGGUUCCGUCCAGAUCCAUUAUGUUGUCAAGGAUACAAACAGGAGGUCAUGCCUUCUCAUGUCGGUAACUGCGGGAACAACGUGAGACUUUCAAGCAUAUUUCCAGAACCAGUGUGUGAAGUGUUUUUGCAGCGUCAAAUCUCUCUACUCGAUUAUAAGAACCUACAGGGAUCAACUGCGGGAUAUGAUGUUUCUUCUCUGGAGAAUACCCCACUUCUGAAGCUGGGAAUUCUGUUCAUGCCUCAUGAUUCUCUGGAGAACCCCAAGUCCACCGGCGAGGGCUCUGCCAUAGAGGUGAUUGAUGGAGAGAAGCAACAUCUCACACAUGCAAAUGUUCAUCCGGACCAACUUGAUGAGAUAUUGCUGCCCAAGGCGAGAGAUUAUCUUCACCAUAACACCGAGACUGCGACGUAUCAGAUAGUAUGGAGGUCCAACCAUGGCAGUGCACACCUAUGUGUGGAGAAGACAAGCACAACAAGAAUUCCCAGAGCACACAGAGCCGCCAUACGACAAGGUAGGAACAAGAAUAGUAAGACACUUCGUCAGAUGCGGCAGGAGCAGAUGAGGAAAGUGCAGUGGAUGCAGGUAGCCAAAGAUUUCCUGAAACUAUGGGUUGUGCGUUCCUCAGAGAGGUUGCAGAGCAUAUUUACGUCAUGGCUCAAACAGUAGGGACAAAACUAGUGAUUUGUGGCUUAACAUCACAGGAAUCUUGUAGUAUUCCCACAUGACUAAUUUGAAAUUUAUGUGUGUCAACGAAAGCAGGACCUUGUGUUGAGUUGUACCUCUGGCAUGAAUCGUGGUUGUA